AUGGCAGCGGGCUGGCUGACGUGCUAUAUCGCCACGAUCCGCACCGCUCGUCGCGAUCAUGCCUGUUGGGUACCGAGCGUCCCUGUGUCCUGCAAUCUCGCCUGGGAGCUCGUCUACGCCAUUCUCUACCCUCCGCCGCGCCUCCCGAUAGUCACUGCUUGGUUCACGCUAAACCUUGCUGUAGUAUACACCGCUCUCAAAUACAGCCCUGAAUCGAGGGGGAAUUCGCCUCUGCGCGGGUAUCGGUUGCAUGUCGGCUUCGUCAUUGGCACAGCUCUUUGGGCUGCUGGACACGUCUGCCUUGCAAAAGUCGUGGGCCCUCUGACAGCAUUUUACUAUGGCGGGCUGGCCUGUCAAAUCAUGACAAGUGCGACGGCGCUGUGUGCGCUUGUGAGAUCGAGGCGAUCGAGUGGCGCGAGUUGGCUCAUCUGGGUGUCUCGCGUUAUUGGUACAAAUAGCGCCAUUGCUGGAGUCUUUUUCCGUGCACACUACUGGCCAGAACUGUGGGCAUGGACGAUGAACCCAUUGAUUUACUGGGCGGCUGCGACGUUUGCCAUCCUUGAUGGGGCGUACGGCCUCUGUUUCUUGUCUAUCAGACGGGCCGAAGUAAGGGAUGGUAUCAAGGAUGAAUGA